GAUAAGUGGAAGCACCUUGCAAAUUCUAUAGUACGUCUAAUCAUAGUAUGCCAUUGAUGUUGUGACGUGUAAUAUUUUUUUAAACUAAAUAAACAGCGAUUUGGUCGCGAAAAUUGGCCGAAGACGUGAAAAUACCUUAGAAAGGUAAGAUGAUGCAAGAUGAGCAUCUUGGUGGUCCACCGAGACGAAAUGUUUUUAGUCAAGCAUUAGGAAGAAUAUCACAGGUAUAUUUGUUAUAUCAAAGAUAUUUGGACCUUUGGACCCCUCAUGUAAUAUCUAGAUGGAUAUUCGCUUUAUUGCUAAUAUUUGCUUUUAUUCUGCGUAUAUUUCUUGCACAAGGAUGGUAUAUUGUUACAUAUGCAUUAGGAAUUUAUCACUUGAAUUUAUUUAUAGCAUUCCUCACUCCAAAAAUCGAUCCAGCAAUGGAUUUUGAUGAUGGUGAUGGACCCGAAUUACCUACAAGAUCUAACGAAGAAUUUAGGCCAUUUAUUAGGAGAUUACCCGAAUUUAAAUUCUGGUACUCUGUGGUGAAGUCCACGGUAAUAGCUAUGAUAUGCACUAUGUACGAUUCCUUCGAUGUACCAGUAUUUUGGCCCAUAUUAGUUAUGUAUUUCAUAACUUUAUUUUGCAUAACAAUGAAACGUCAGAUAAAGCAUAUGAUCAAAUACAGAUACCUGCCCUUCACCCAUGGAAAACCAAAGUACCAAAACCACGAGGAUACUUCGAGGUUAAUACCUUCAAAGUGAAUAGGUGUGAAGAGUCCACUUGUGGAAAUUUGAGGGGUGUCAUAGCAUUAAAAAAAAAAAAAACGAAACAGAAAUCAAUUUCCUUGGUACAAAAAAAAAACGAAAUGCAUUUGUUGAAACGAAAUGAGUCGAAUGGAAAGAAAAGGGAAAGAACUAAGAAGGCAUGAAUGAGAUGUGUGAAUGGCGAGCGUGAGAGACCAAUGAAGAAGUUCGGUCGAGAGCGCAACGGAGAUUCCAAAUAAAAAAACUGUUGAAGCAUUGUCUCGUA